CGCGAAGCCUAUAAUUAUGGGACAUGCUCGGUGAGCAAAACAUUAAACAAAAAUAAUCAAAAGAUAUCUUUUGUAACAUCUUUGAAAUUUCACCAAAGGAAAAGCAAGAGAUUCGGUAAAAAUGCAGUCGAUGAAAGAAACAGCUUCGAAUAUUGCAGCUUCUGCAAAGUCUGGCAUGGACAAGACCAAAGCUACCUUGGAGGAAAAGGCGGAGAAGAUGAAGACGCGAGACCCUCUUCAGAAACAUAUGGCUACACAAGUUAAAGAAGAUAAGAUUAAUCUAGCUGAGAUGCAGAAGAGAGAAACGUAUGAGCACAACGCUGCCAUGAAAGAAGCGGCUGGACCCGGAAUCGGAACCGGAACUGGAACCGGUUUGGGUUUGGGGUCUGCCACUCACUCGACAACUGGACAAGUCGGACACGGCACUGGGACACACCAGAUGUCGGCUUUGCCUGGCCACGGAACAGGACAACUGACCGACCUCGUUGUGGAGGGUACAGCUGCGACCAACCCGAUCGGAAGGGACACUGGAACUGGUCGGACAACCGCUCAUAACACACACGUUGGUGGUGGUGGUACAACCGGGUACGGUCCCGGUCCGUACGGAACCGGCGGGGGAUAUAGUGGAUAGAAGUUUGCUCUGUUUUUACGGUUCUCUUAUUUGCUCUGUUUUUGGUAACUCGAAGUUUCGUGGUUUUGUUGUGUUUUUUGGGUCUAUCGUUUUUUAAAUCCUUCUGAAUAACUGUAGUAGGACUUCAAUCUCACCUAGUUUUUUUGUUGUUGUUUGAUGACAGUGCUACUUUCUGAGUUGCAUGUUGUUCAUGCAAAAUCUACAUAUAAUAGUAAGGAAAACCAGUUUUUAAGGGACUGCUGAGUCAGCAGUGUUGA